AUGGGAAACUUGCUUAGCAAGUUGCUUUUGUUGGAAGUAGGGUCAGUAGCUAGCAAUAUACUGAAAUCUGCAUCAGCUGAAAAAGCUAGUCUGGGGAAUACACGUGCUAAAAAUCUACCAAAUAUAUCUAAUGAAGUUAAUAUUGAAGAUGAUUCUCGUAUUCUGUCAAAAAGAUUUGAAUUAUAUGACCAGAUUAAUAUGAAUGAUGGUAAAUCAUAUAUUUGGACGGCUGGAAGCGUAUACAAGGCUUUAGUUGUAACUUUUGGCAGGAUUUAUGGUUUUUACUUAUUAUUAUUGCUAAUAAAUGUUUUUAUGGGUAGUUAUGUAAAAUAUUAUGGUAAAGAAUUUUUCUCUGAUUUUAUAAAAAAUGACUCUUUAAUAUUCUGUUUAAAGGAUGCAAUGAAAGGUUUUAUUCUUUUAAUUCUCCAAGUAACUAACGUGAUUUUUACAUCUCACUGUGAGUACUUUGGAGCAUGGCUACAUGUAAGAUUACAGGGAGCUAUAACAGGCUCUGCAUUAUCAAGGCUAGCAAACUGUAGGAGAAUAAAAAACAUUGAUGGAAGUGCAGACAUAAGUUCUUUUAAUUCAACAAUUGCUUUAUCUCGUUACCAAAAUUUGAUAGUUGUAGAUGCUGAAUUUGCAGAGUACAUGGUAUCUAAUAGUAUUAACUUAAUUGUCUAUCCAUUUCACAUUCUAGCGUCUGCAUACGUAGCUCAUUCCGUAUUUGGAGGGAAGCCUUUAGUACUAUGCCUAAUUGCAUUGUUCACUUGCUUUGGUCUAAGUGUAGCUUCUCAAUGUAUUAGUUCAAUAUUCAAGAAACCAUUUAUGGAAGCACGUGAAGAGAGAGUUGCUGAAGUUGCUCGUUUGCUAGAUCACUCAAAAUAUAUUGCAGUAACUCACCAACUGUUUCCAGUUUUGAUUAAGCUUUUGAAGGGGCCUAGGGCAAAGGAAUUACUUUAUAACUCCUACAGAAAAUAUAUUUGUACAUUCGGUGAGAUAUUUGAUAGGCUAAUGAGUUUGAGCUGUGCAAUUGUUUUGGGAUUUUAUGUAUGGUACAAUGCUCUUCCCUCUAAUGAGGCUUCUUUUCUAAUAGUUCAAUCUGUCUGGCUAAUCCCUUCAUUUUACCAACCUUUAAAUAUGGUAAUUUAUUUUGUAUAUUACAUUAUUGAGGGCUACAAUGGACUGGAGAGAAUUGCUAAUUUUUUAAAUUGUACUGCUAAAGAUUACACAGAAGAGACAACACAAUGCAUACAUGUUCAUUCCAAAAACUCUAUAUAUACGGAAUUUCAAAUUCCAGGUUCUGAAUUUAGAAUUUGUUCCGACUAUCAGAAAGUUGAGAAUGCUAAUAUAAUAAGAUUGAUGAUGGAAUUUGUUUCAUAUAGUAUAUCUAAAUUUGGUCAUCCUAGUAUUUGCAAUAUUUCACUUGAACUUAAACCAUCACAUCCAGUAUUCAUAUUAGGACCUAUUUGUAGUGGGAAAUCUGCAAUACUCCAAGGUCUGACGGGUUAUUUAUUCAGUGUUAAAAAUAAAGGUCGUUCUGGAAAAGUGAUGUUAGUCACAAGAGAAAAGGAAAUCCAGGUAACUAACAACUUAAGUAAUUAUUUAAACAUCGGUUAUGUACCACAGCAACCAUGGGUACCUAGUGGUUGUUCACUAGCUGAAUGUAUAAUAUGUGGUAAGGAAUAUAGAGCUGACUUAUGGAAUGCAGUUGUAUAUGAGUGCGAUUUAUGGGCAGAUUUCCACUCUUGGGGAAUAAGCGAUUUUCAAGAUGCACGCUCACGUAUAUUUACUGAUAGACAGCUUAGUGCAGGUCAAAAAGUUCGAUUAUCCUUAGCUAGAGCUAUUUACUGCAACUUAUCCACAUCAAGUAGACCUUCUAUUGUAUUAUUUGACAGUGUAUUUAGUGCUUUAGACCCAGUAGUUUGUAAACGUGUAUUUGAAAGGUUAUAUGGUUAUGGAGGUCUACUGUCAUCUUCUAUGAGCUUAAUUGUAGUUGAACCUCCAGUCUUAGAAAUUAUGAAAUCUGUGGCUUCUCAAAAUAGGUUUGGCUACAGUGUAUUGAAGUGUCAAAAGGGGAAAGUUACAUCAUAUGAGUCAUUCAAAACAAACUACACAUUAAAUGAGAAUACAGAUUUAGAAACUACUCAAUCUAAUAAUAAACUAACGAUUACUUCAGAUGAAAAUGCAGAAGCUAAAAUUCAAAGCAAUAACUUAGAUAUUUUAGUAAGUAAAAACAAUGAAUCUAAUAUAUUAAAAAGUUCUGCGGACUCUACUAAUAAUUCUGGAAUAUACUUAAGAAAUGAUACUGAAUUUGAGACUACCUUGAAACUUGAUAUGGAGAGGAAAAUAACAACAGAUAUAAAUGAUGCUCUUGAUGUAAGUUACUCUCGUAUUGAAUUGCCAGAUGACAAUUUUAGUACGAAAUAUUCAACAAAUAUGUUCUAUUUACUCUUUGCUUGCUCCAAGAAGACAACUAUCAGUUUUACUGAUAAUAAUGGCAAAUCAAAGGUGGAAUGUCAUGUAUCACACAUUGGAACUAUUGUGUUUCUUCUACUUUUAUUAAUUCCACCCAUUAUUUGCAAAGCAGCUGAAUACUUUUUGCUUUCAGUUCUCCAUUCUGGUAUAAAUUUUGAUACCUCAGAGUCAAUUUAUGAAAUAAUACAUAAAAGCAACUCAAGAUUUAUUUUCUGGCUUCCUAACACACUAGGAUGUAAAGUUUUACCAUUUUGGUAUUCUAUAUAUAAUAUUGCAUAUAUUGUAACUUCUAUUUCAGUAGUAGUAGUUGGAAUUUUAGAAAUUUCUUUAGGACUUAGAGCUGCAAAAUAUAUCCACAAUUCACUUUUGCUUGGAUAUCUAGGAGCACCAUCAACUUCAAUGCUACGCUGGCUUCCUACAUCUUUUAUUCUGAAUAGACUAAGUACAGAUCAGCUCACAAUUGAUUAUUGUAUUACGCGGAGAAUUAGAUUUGUCGUAAUAUCUUUGAAUACGAUUGCAAUCUCUUUAGUUCCAUCUAUUUAUUCUUCCGACUAUCCAUUAUUUAUAGUAUGUAUGGUUAUGUUUAUUGGAUGGUUUUGUUACAUUGGGUAUGCUAGAUACUUUGUUAAAAGUUGUCAGUCACUAAGAUCUUGUUAUGUUUCUGAACUUUCGCCCUUAGUUGAAACAGUUCAAACUAUUGGCAAGGGAGGGCUUUGCAUUACUUCUCAGAAUAUUCAAAAGUAUUUUAUUCAGAGAAGUUGGGGACAACUACAGGCUGUACUAAGACCUCUAUACCUACAAGCAGUUUUAGAUGCCUGGUUCAGGAUGAGAAUGAAGCUUUUAAUGUGUACUCCGAUUAUCAUAGCCAACAUAUUUCUAACCUUAUUUUUUAGAAGAAAUUUGGAUUCUAAAACAAGAACUUUACUAGCUAUAUCUAUUGCUGCACCCCUAAGUACUAUUCCAGAAAUAUCCUCCUUGGUGAACUUUUGGACUAAACUUGAAACCGAACUUGUUUCAGUUGAAAGAUGUAGGGCAUAUAUUGCAGCUGCUAGAAAAAGUACACUAGAAAUGAUUCAAAACAAUCAAAAUAUCUUCAAUAUCAAUACUCAAAGAAAUACACCUUUAUCUUGUACUUUGGAUACUGAAAUUACUUCAGUUUCAGAUGUAGCCAGUGCAAUGAGUAUAGCGAAAUCUACAAUCAUCUCAUCAAAUAGCCGUAACUUAUCGACUUGUGUCAUUCUUGACAAGGUCAUUGCUAGACAUUCAAGACUAGACUCUUGUGAUGAUUGUAAUGUUGACAGACCAGGAUUGUCUGGUUCUACUAUUAUUCACACUGUAUGUCUCAAUAAGAUUUCUGCUGCAGUAAAUCCUGGUGAAAUUGUGGGAGUCGUAGGGAGGACUGGAUGUGGUAAAACAUCGCUCUUAGGUGUAUUAUCUCACAUAUUACCAUUUUCAGGAAUACUAUAUACUCCUCAUAAGCCUUGUUCUACUAUUUCUGAUGCAAUGAAGUCAUAUCUCAAAAAUUCAGAUUUGUGCUUGAAAGAUAUAGAUUCCUUAGUAUUAGAGCCUAUAUUGGAAUUUCAGACAAGUUCCCAGUGUAUUGCAUUCCUCCCAUUAGAAGUUUAUGUUUCUCAUGAUGGGAUUUUAAAAGAUAUUGUAGAUCCAUUUGAUGAAUUUGAUAAUGAAGACAUAUUUUCUGCUCUUAGUAUAUGUGGAUUUGGACCAUAUAUCUCCGAUUUUAUAGAACGAAUAUCAAAUGCAGAUUCUGAAGAGAUCAGUCCCUUACUUAAAUUUGAUUAUAUUACUCAUUUGUUGAAUACCCCUCUAUCCUACUUUAGAUUUGGAUCUCCUCAAAUUAGAAUGCUUUUAUUUGUUCAUUAUUUUCUCAAGAAACAGGAUAUUAAAAUGCUUCUUGUAGACGAACCUCCAGUUAUUGAAGUUAAAGAUUUGGAUAAUUCAAAAAGUACAAGCUGUAUUUUAUCUAGAAUCAUCACUCACUAUUUCAAACACUGUGUAACAUUUAUUGUAGCUCAUGAUGCUAGAAGUCUAAAAGGUAUCACGAGGAUAUGGGCUCUUAAGAAUGGUGAAUUGACUAAUGAUGAUAAUAACCAAGACUAUCAAGUGAAUCUCCAACUAGAUCAUAUUGUACAAGCAUUUUCAGACUAUUGA